AUGCUGACUUUUUUGCUACUUCUCUGCGCCAAUUUUGCCACUUCUACAAAAGCGGAUUCCUUCAAGAAUGGCUUUGGUGUGAACAACAACAACUUUACCUCCACCAGUGAUAGCUCCUUUUUGAUGCCAUUAUGCAAUGGCAUCGAUAUCGAGGAUGCAACAGUGGAUGACCUUCAGCGAUGGAUGACCCUGGGUCAGCUAUCGAGCCAGGAUCUAGUAUCGUGUUAUCUUGCCAGGAUUGAUCAGACAAAUCCGUUCCUUCAUUCGGUGAGCGAGGUCAAUCCGGAGGCGCUCUCCAUUGCGGCGUCCCUUGACCAAGAGCGGACCAAAACCGGCAUUCGUGGACCUUUACAUGGCAUCCCCUUCAUGGUGAAAGACAACUUCUACACAGAUGACAAGCAUAACACCAGCGAAGGGGGUUUGGUCCUCUUGGGCGGCCGGUAUUCUCAGGAAGCGACCGUCGUAUCCAAAAUCCGCGCCGCAGGUGGUGUCUUGCUUGGGCACGCCGCGCUUUCCGAAGCAGCGGACCACAGAGCCUUGGUCAACUUCUCCGAUGGUUACUCUACCCGGGCUGGUCAGACGAGAAACCCGUUCAACUUGACUCAAUUGACGUCAGGUAGUAGCGGUGGCUCCGCUGUCGCCGUCAGGAUCAACCAGGUUGCUAUUGCGUUAGGAACCGAGACGCAUGGUUCUUUGAUGCAUCCGUCGGCCCACCUUGGCUUGCGUAGCAUUAAGUCGACUCCAGGGCUGAUGUCGCGUCACGGCAUCAUUCCCGGGAGCUUCUAUCAUGAUACCCCUGGUCCCCUGGCUAGGUCAUUCAAAGACGUGGCACUUUUGUUGGAUGUCAUGGCUGGUGCGGACCAAUACGACAACCUGACUUUCUCCGCACUUGGUCAACUUCCAACAAAUGGCUAUGUGGCUCAUGUCUCAAGCAAGGAUGAGCUGAAAGGAAUGAAGAUAGGAUUGCCCUGGAAUCCAUAUUGGUCAACGAACGCCGCUAUCAAUACUCCGGGCCAACGAACCUUGUAUGAGAGUAAGGUCAAGGAGCUCGAAGCUGCAGGCGCAAUAAUCUACAACAUCACGUACAUCCCCAAUAUCAAGAGCAUUGCCAAUCCCUACGGUUUUGGCCAGCCCUCCACCAUCCCUGCCGAGUAUGACCAGCUCAUCGCCUACAACACUCUCCUCGCCGUCGCAUACGGCGAGUGGUUGAUCAACUGGACCUUCCCCGAGGACGAUAGCCGCCACGGCAUGCACAGCCUUGCCGAGAUGGCAGCCUGGAACGACGCCCACAACGCCAGCACCGGCGCCCUGGGCAACUCGACCUGGUGGUUCAACACCGUCUCCGGCCAAGACUUCUACGACGCCGCUGUCGCUACUAACGGAACGAUGGGCGACGUGUUCUGGAAGGCUUUCGACUGGGGGCGCCGCACCGCACGAGAGGCCAUUGACGGGGGUUACGCCUAUGUGCUCGACAACGGCACCGUCAUCGAGCUUGACGCCCUCAUCGUGCCGAAUGACAACGGAGGGGGCGGCGACUCGGCCUGCGCUUCCAUUCCUUCGUAUGCGGGUUAUCCUGUGGCCUCGGUGCCUGUCGGCCAGAAUGGCUUUGACGUGCCUUGCGGCAUCUGCAUAUAUGGGCGGCAGUGGAGCGAGGCGAACUUGGUGCGUGUAGCAUCGGCGAUGGACGACCUCUUCCAAUGGAAUGCCCGGCCGGCAUGGCAUAACUAUGCCACCGCUCAGGGCCCGUGGGAUGCCCGAUGGCCAGGCUACUCCUGUACACAUGAGUCACUUGAUAGAUAUGCCUGUGAUCCAGAAUAG